UAAUUGACCACAAAUUAAUUGUCCAUUACAAUGCAUACGAUUGCACGCAGAACCAACGCACAGUGGGUCAAACAUUAUUCGCGUACAACAUAACGACCGAACUAAUAGCCGCAUAAUUAUCAAAAUCACUCGGUAAUAGACAUACUCUAUGUAACAUCCUGUGCUUUUAAAUUCAACCUAUCACCUUUUGUGCGUAGUCCCUAUUUACAUUUAAAACGUGAACGCGCGAAAACCUAUCGGCAAUGCUCUCGCUCGUUUUUAUUACGCUUGUGCUAUCGAAAACUGCUUUGUGCCAGUUAAACGGUGAAUUUUGGUGGCUACAUGAAAAGGUCGCAGCGAUGCACAACAUUGAACCGCCGCAACCAAAAUUUGAAGAAAUCAGCGAAUUGGAAACUGAUGAAAGUGUUAAAGUUUUAUUUAAAGACAAUGUGUUGAACUCCAGUGAAAGAACUGGUAGAGAAAGCAAUGAUAAGUUUACAGUUCAGAACAAAAUAUUACCUUUUAUAGUAUUUGUUGAUCGCACGAAAUUAAGCAAAGAAGAUGUUUUUAAAACAAACAUUUCUUUAAAUAAUAAUAUUAAUGAAGCUAUUAAACAAAAUAAUGUGGAACCUUUAGCGACCCCUGUCAUACGGGAAGAAUCAAGUAAGAAAGGUAAAGAUGAGUUUAAAUUUAUUUUUCCGGUAGAUAAUGAAGAUUCGUGGGAGGAUAAAAUAAAAAACUUCACGACUGAUUUAAAAUAUUCCAAUUCAACAAUAGAAGUCAAUAAAAAGCAAAGAAGCCCUAAAAUUGUGUUAAACGACAAAAUAUGGUUUGAAGAAGAAAAGAAAGAUAUUGAAACAGAAAGCAUCUGUACGUUUGUUAGUCCACAUGAAUGUCUGGUACGAAAGGGAUUCAUAAAUGCACCAAGUUCCUGUCCGAAAAAUAUACCAUCUAACACGUGUAAAAUUUGUUGCGUUAUUCCCCUAUCUUCAUCAAAACCUCAGAACUCUAACGUAUUUUAUAAGCGGUAUAGACGUUCUGAUCCAGACAAACAAUUAAACGCUGCUCUAAAGCAAAGAAAUGCUUUGUUACAAAGAAAAUAUAAUUCUAAUACAGAAUCAGCAAAAUUUGUAACUACAACAGUUCGUGCAAGUCCCGUUCAAAAAAUCGUAAGACCAAAUGAUUAUGUCGAUCCAUUUUGGAAUAUUAAAAAUCUUAAAUCUAGAAAUCCAAACUUAGAGUUCAAUAAUAAUGCAAACAAAAAGGAUUAUGAUGAGGACUAUGCAGCGGAAUUACCAAAACCUGGUUUAGCUGGACUUUAUUCUGAUAUCGAAGAUCGAGUAACUAGCUGGAAAUUAAAAACAAACAAAGGAUUUUCAUUUGAUGGCAUAGAUGAAGAAAGUGAUGAAGAAGACAAAGGAUUUGGGUAUUCUACAAUAGAUCCACGAUUUGGCACUCGUAAAACUACCCCCUCCAAGCGAAGACAUCCACAACGACCUAUAACUCCAUCAGCAAUUGAAGAUUCAAUGGGGACUUCGGAAAGUCAAACUAUUCAUUUUCAUUCAACUCCAGAUUUCCGCGUAUUGGAAGGGUUCAAACUAAUAAAUUUAGCCGAAAACAAAGACAAACACACAAGAAAGCCCACUACUGAAAAAUCCUACACAAACGAUGAACAGUCGAUAGAAAACACAUCUCCUUUUAUAACGAAUGUAGAUUUUGAUUACGAUGAUGAAUUUGAUGUUAACCAACAAGUGUUUAAAAAUUGUGGUAAGACGAGAGUGACGAAGUCUUCCGUUUCAGGCAAAGGACCAUCAGAGGGGCGAAGCGAUCCUUGGCUCGUAGUAGUUGUGUUGACAAAGAGUCCAGACAACAUUUUGUGCUACGCGACUAUCUUGCAUCCACGAGCAGCGUUGACGGCAGCUAGCUGUGUCCAUGGAAAGGCAACCGGUGAUAUUUUGGCAGUAGCAGGUGUUUGGAAGCUGAAAGAGAGAACACAAUCACAACAUCGAAUGGCGUCAAUUCACAUUCAUCCGCAGUUUAGUGCCGAUGAUCUAGCGAACGAUCUCGCUAUACUGCACUGGAAACGUCCUCUAAGGCUGCAUACCAACGUAUAUUCCGCUUGCUUGGCAGACCCUCACGUAGGUGAUGAGUGUUAUUUCGUUGGUUGGGGCGGUUACGACCAAGCAUUGAAGGAACGUCCUCAGUGGCAACGCGCGACAAUACAGCGCACUUGCGAUGACAAAGUGUCGUCUCCCGAAGUCAAUCUACCCACCAACGCGUUUUGUGCCUCAGUGGAAACACGCGGAACUGUUACUGGUGUCGGUGGGCCAUUACUUUGCAGAACAGGGGAUCGUGUGUCAGCGGUCGGAGUAGCGGUGUAUCGAGAAAACGUAGUAGUACUACUGCCGGCCUUCGAAUGGGCCACCAGCGCUCUACGCGAACUACAAAUUAAUUAAGUUAUACUUAAUGUAAUUAUUUUUUAAAAUUUUUUUUUAAUAGUAUGUACUGUAAUAUAUUAUUAACAUGAUUAUGUAGGUAUACAGUGAAAAAUGUUCACGAU